AUGGAUGCCUUUAGGGAGAUAAUGGAUGAAUGCGGGUUUCGUGGCCUGGGCUAUAAAGGUAGUUGUUUUACUUGGCAGCGUGGACUAUCUAUGGAGACUUUGGUGCAGGAAAGGCUCGAUAGGUUUAUAGCUAUGGACAGUUGGUGCUCUUUGUUCCCACGGUUCGAGGUCAUCCACUUCCCCAUAUGCCAUUCUGACCAUGCCGCAAUCCUUUUAAAAUGUGGGGAUGAGUUUGAUCGAGAAAGAAAGGAGAAAAUUUUCAGGUUCGAGAAGUUAUGGCUUUCGAAUGAGGAGUGUGCAAAGGUGGUUUUGGAGUGCUGGGCUACGGGGGUGGGUGAGCCUAUGCAUGCUAGGAUUGCCAAUGUAGUAGGAGGGCUGUCUACCUGGGCGGCUAGGACAUUUGGUGUGUUUAAGAAGAAAAUAAAAAAUGCAGAAGGGCGCCUAAAGGAGAUACAGGGAGGAAGACUUGAUGCGGUGCUGCUUGAGCAGUGUAAUGCAAUCAGACAGGAAAUUGAUGAGCUCCGCAGGAUGGAAGAAUCGUAUUGGUAUGCUAGAGCAAGAACAAACGAGCUAAGAGAUGGUGACAAAAAUACGAAGUACUUUCAUCACAAGGCUGACCUCGAUUCUAUUAUUGCCAAUUAUUUUGAUGGGCUAUUUGCUACUGACCAUCCAAGUAAUUUUGAUGAAGCUUUAGGUGGCAUUGAACCUAUUGUCACGGAGGAGAUGCGUAGAGAACUGGAGACCGAACCUACAAAGGAGGAAAUUCAUGAAGCUUUAUUUCAAAUGCAUCCGACUAAAGCUCCGGGGCCGGGUGGGAUGCAUGCAUUAUUUUUCCAGAAAUUUUGGGGUACUCUUGGAGGGGAUAUAAUAAAUUAUGUGAAGUCAUGGUGGCGUGGUCUUGUGGACUUGAAAGAGGUGAACCGUACUUGUAUUGUCUUGAUCCCAAAAUGUGAUAAGCCAAAGCGGAUGAUGGAGUUUAGACCUAUUAGCUUGUGCAACGUGUUGUACAAAAUUAUUUCAAAAACUUUGGCAAAUAAAAUGAAGACAAUGCUUGGAUCAAUUAUCUCGGAAAAUCAGAGUGCUUUUGUUCCCAAUAGACUUAUUAUAGAUAACGCUCUUAUUGCUUUCGAGAUUUUUCAUGGGAUGAAGAGGAAAGGGGAAGGGAAAGAUGGUACGAUAGCGCUUAAACUGGAUAUGAGUAAAGCCUAUGAUAGGGUUGAGUGGGUUUUUCUGGAAAAGGUAAUGCAAAAAUUGGGGUUUCCGCAAAGUUGGAUUGGUCGGAUUAUGCACUGUUUGAACAGUGCGUCUUUCUCCUUUAAGUACAAUGGUGGAAUUUCGGGAUCGUUGAUCCCAUCUAGAGGGUUUCGGCAAGGUGAUCCAAUUUCCCCUUAUUUAUUCUUAAUUUGUGCAGAAGCUUUUUCUUCACUUAUUUCGAAAGCUGCUAGGGAUAAGAUGAUUCAUGGGGCACGUGUGUGUCGAGGUGCCCCUAGGAUAUCUCAUUUAUUUUUUGCCGAUGAUAGUAUACUGUUUGCAAAGGCUACAUUGCAAGAAUGCUCUAAAAUUGCUGAAAUUAUCAGUAUAUAUGAAAGAGCUUCCGGUAAGAAAGUGAAUUUAAGCAAGACUGAAGUAGCUUUUAGCAAAUGUGUUACUAUGGACAGAAGGGAGGCGAUCGUGGAGACUCUUGGGGUGAAUGUGGUUGAUAGGCACGAGAAGUAUCUGGGGUUACCGACUAUUCAUUGGGAGAUCAAAAAAAGCUAUUUUUGCAGGGUUGAAAGCUCGAAUUUGGAAGAAGUUGCAGGGUUGGAAGGAAAAACUCUCGUUUUUGGUGGGGGUCGACAAAUACGGGACGUAAGAUGCAUUGGCAAAAAUGGGAAUAUCUCUGCCUUCCAAAAUCUAUGGGAGGCAUCCUUGGGAUACGAUCCGAGUUAUAGUUGGAGGAGUAUAUGGGGUUCGAAGGCUAUAUUGCUUGAUGGCAUGAAGUGGAGAGUUGGAAACGGGUCUUCAAUUCGUGUAUGGGAUGAUGCGUGGUUGAUUGGCGAAGGUUGCUGGAAUAUGGAGAUGGUCGAUGCUACUUUUAGUGAGAAUGAUAAGAGGGUUGUCCUUGACAUCCCCCUAUCGAAUUCCUGGCCGUGUGAUGGUGUUUAUACGGUUAAAAGUGGCUAUUGGCUUGGAAGACUUGGCUGUUUGAGAGCGUGGGAAUUGUUUCACGGCACUAGUGACAAGUACUGUUGGAGUGUGGUCUGGAAAAUUAAUGGACCUCCUAAAUUGAGCCAUUUCCUAUGGCGUGCGAGUAAGGGACAGAUGGCGUUGAUGGAGGUGCUUCACAAAAGACAUAUGCGAGACGAUAUGAUUUGUACAAUCUGUGGCGCCCCUGAAGAGACAAUUCUGCAUUCCUUUUUCCACUGUAAGUAUGCAAGGGAUAUUUGGGCUAGUAGUGAUUUUGUUGAGCUCUUGAGUGAUGCCCCUGUUACCUCUUUUGCUGAUGUAUUGGUCUGGUUCUCGAAGAAAAUUAACAAGGACAAGCUUAGAGAGUUUGCUGCUCUUACGUGGGCAUCUUGGUACUGCAGGAAUUUACACAUUUUCGAGAGUAAUGAUGAUAUCAACCCUGUAAUGAUUGCUGCUGGAUUUGUGAAAUUAUGUUCUGAUUUUUGCUCGUACCAAACUCGGGUAGGGGAAGUGGUGAGGAGUGAACAGAUUUUAUCUGCUGCUAGGUGGAUGUACCCUCCUACGGGGGUGGUAAAAAUAAAUGUGGACGCUCACAUUUCUGGCCAUUCUUUCGUGCAGCUGGGAGUUGUUAUUCGGUUGAUAAGGGUGGCUUGCUGGUUGCUGCGGUGA